AUGCUUCGGUUUACUAGGAGGUUUUCUAAUUCAUUCCGGCGCUUCAAGAAGCCCGUGAAAGAUGCUGAUGGAUUGUACCAUGGUAAAUUCUCCCAGGAGGAGUAUGAAAAGGCUUCGCACUACCUCAGACAACAGCUUGACGAAUUGGAAUCAUCUAUCAAAGGAAAUACCAACAUCAGGGAAAACCUUGGAAAAAUGCCCAGUUUUCCUAUGGCCACAAAGACAAAGCCCCGAGUAGAUAACUUGAGCACACUUCUAGAAGAAACUAUCAAAACCACUGGCCCUCUCUCGUUAUCGGCUUAUAUGAGACAGUGUUUGACGCACCCGCAGUUUGGCUACUAUACCACUAGAGAUCCAUUGGAUGCAAACACCGGUGAUUUCAUCACCUCUCCCGAAAUUUCUUCUGUUUUUGGUGAAGUUAUUGGCUUGUACCUUUUUCAGAUAUGGGCAACUCAAAACAGGCCUAAUGCCAUCAAACUCAUAGAGUUUGGUCCAGGAAAAGGAACAUUAAUGUGCGAUGUUUUAACCAGCUUCAACAAAUUGACCAAGAAGUUCGCUGUCAACAUCGAAAUCGAGCUUAUUGAAACUUCUAGAGUUUUAAGAAAGGAACAGCAUAAAACUUUGUGCGGUGCAAAUCCGUACGAGUCCACUGAUACUGGUGACCACUCUACCACCAUCUGGGGAAAUAAGAUAAGAUGGGUAGAAAACGAGAGUGAAAUUACCAACAACCCUGAAAUUUCUAACUACGUUUUAGCCCAUGAGUUCUUCGAUGCCUUGCCGAUUAAGUCGUUUCAAUUCACAAAUAAUGGCUGGAGAGAGUUGCUUGUGGAACACUCUCCCAGUGUUAGUAACAACACCAUCGCAUUGCCAGAAGCUGAACCUAGCAGUGAAGCCAACUCUGAAGGCUUUGACAAUGAGUUUCACCUUACGAUGACUCCGAAAGAAACCCCUUCUUCUGCCAUCCCCACUUUAAGUAAAAGAUUUGAAGGUUUGCCGGUUGGCACCAGAAUCGAAAUAUGUCCAGAUGCCGAGUUCUUCAUAAGAAAAAUGGCCAGCUUGAUAAACAAUGAAAAAAGAUUGGGAUCCGUGUUGGUUAUUGACUACGGUGUGGUUGAUCAGAUCCCUGAUAACACCUUGAGAGGUAUUUACAAGCAUGGGUUUGUGUCUCCAUUCUUCAAGCCUGGAGAAGUCGAUUUGUCUAUAAACGUCGACUUUGAUAACUUGAAGCUUCUUUCUAAAGACAUGGUUAUGGUCUUGGAUCCGGUUGAUCAAGGGGACUUCUUGCAUGAGUUGGGUAUAGGUCAUAGGAUUCAACAGUUGUUGAUCAAGAACAAUGACAGCCAAGAAACCCAAGAAAAGGUCUACAAUGCCUACAAAAGGUUAACAGACAAGGACAGCAAGUCAAUGGGCAAAAUUUACAAAUUUUUUGGGUUGUUGCCGAAGGGAAGUGAAGUUCCAUUGGGAUUUCAGAAGCUUGUUUAA